AUGAUGGAGGAAGGGGUUGCGAUCGAGGUUGUUACCUCGCUUGCUGCAGGAAUGAAUAAGGCCCCACCUAUAGCGCAGGCGCUUCCGCAGCUGCACCAGGUUUCAGUUCGAAGUUUCCUUUUCGAUGGGGACAUAAUUAUUAGUGAAACUCGACUACGUGAAAUAGUUGGAGAUGCUGAACAUAAACGAGAGGAUUUCUGGAGAAGAUUCACGCGUUGGGCCUAUCGUGACCUCUUCUAUCCGGAAACUAUUUGGCAAACUGGCAUACCUUACAAAUUUGAUACUGAUUUACCACCGCAAGCACUUGAAAGUAUAAAGAAGGCUAUGGAUUUUUGGCAAAAUAACACUUGCGUCACAUUUCGUCCACGCACUACUGAAACUCAAUACGCAUUCUUUACUGGAUCUCUUGACAUGUGCUCUUCAUCGGUGGGCAGAGAUACUUCACAGCCGCAGCAACCUGUCUAUAUCGGACCUGGAUGUUAUAAGUUCGGAGUGACAUCUCAUGAAAUUGGACACAUUAUUGGUCUGUUUCACCAUCAGCAACGUUAUGAUCGGGACGACUAUGUUAAGUACUUUCCUAAAAAUGUGGCCCCAUCUGACAGUGAAAAUUUCGCCACGUCUCCACCAAAUCGUCGAGUUAUGAUCGGCAUAGAAACGAUCAAAGGGAAAUGUCAAGAAGGCUGCUACACCUCCGCAAUGGAGGUGAAAAUGAAUGGCGAUUUCCGUCCGAUGGGUUACAGGUUCUGCUGCGAAUCUCAGUCUUUCCGUCGGCUUCUCUCGAAAGGACGGAACGUUCCAAUCAUAUUCUUCGCUCAAAAUGGAACUUUAGAAGUGUUAAUGUUUUUCCGAUGGGUUGUUCUCACUCCGGAUGCUGAAGACAACAUCUCACUGAAUGCCACUGAAUUAAUGGAGGUCUAUAAACAGAGUGACAAUGAUUACGGAAUGGAUAUGGAAUUGCUGCAGUUGCCGGAGGGUAGCGGUAUGGGCACACCUGGCGGUGGUCUCUCACCUGAUGGAGGAUUUGGAGAAAAUCUCAGAGAACUGGUGAAUCCUUCCGAACAAUAUGCCCUACGCGAUACACUUUCAAGUAUAAUCGAAGAGCAGUACAAAGACAAUGUUAUUAGUUCGGUUUACCUGCUUUUCGUCGGAAAUGAUGAUGGCUGUUGGAGUACGGUGGGACGUGACGCUGCACAAGGACAACAGCUCGUCUCGAUUGGGAGAGGAUGCGAGGCGUUCGGGAUAACAUCACACGAAUUGGCUCACGCUUUGGGACUCUUCCAUGAGCAAUCACGUUACGAUCGGGACAAUUGGAUCACUAUUUAUCCACAACGUAUUCCAAAAUCUCAGCUAUAUAACUUUGCAAAGGUGAGUCCGAAGCAAAUGAAAAUGUAUGGUACACCUUAUGACAUUGGAAGUGUUAUGCAAUACACGCCGUUUGAAUUCUCUAUCGAUCCUCGAAUACCAUCGAUGUUGGCCGUUAAUAUUAACGAACAGGGCAGCAUGGGACAACUGGCUGGUCCUUCUUACUUGGAUAUUCAGAUUAUGAAUGCUCAUUACGCAUGCGGUUGCUCCGAAAGGGAAACGAAUCCAUUUGACGAUAGAGAAGAUAAAGGGCACAUGUGUACCCGGGUGCUGGAGAGAAACAGCCGAGUUCAAAGUCCGCAUGGACAAACGAAUUACAGGGAACAGAACAGUCAAGUGAAGAACUUCAUACACUUGAAUUUUCGAGAGUUUUCGAAGGAAAGGUUUUGCUGUGAUCUUGCGUCAAAGAAGCGAGUGUUAUCAAAUUCGGAUGUCGUGCCGGUGAUGCUGAAAGCUGUCCGGAAAUCGGCACAAGUAAUUGUCCAGUAUAGUUUCGCGGACGAAAAUAUUGCUCGCGAUUAUGAUGUCGAAAAUCUUGAAGAAACUUCAAACAUCGCGUUUGGAGCUGGAGUCAAAACGAUCGGUGAAAAUAAUGAAUUUGAGCUGGAGAUCCAAAAACCGUUGAAGGACGGGGAGCGAGCUGAUGUGGAUGAGGAGCCCAUUGCUGAAGUUGGUCACGACGAAGGUUCCGGAGAGGAUCAGGAUCAUACAGCUGAGAGUAAUAACAUUCGGACUGAUUUCUAUGCAUUGCCUUCACUUGAACCUGAUCUAGAAGAUGUGCUUCACGAGGGGCAGGAUAUCGAAACUAAAUCGACGUCCUGA